AUGGUUUCUACUCUAGCAGCAUUGAGCGAAGCUGCUACACCACUUCGUUUCAUCGUGGUGAAUGAUCAGCUUUCUCAUCUUUCCGAAAUAAGUGGGUUGCCUGUGGAUCAACUUCGAUGUGUUACUUGCCUUCUCGCUGUCUAUCCAUUAGCGAUUCUUGUACGAAAAUUGCCAUCCAUUACGAUGAAACACUGGCUACACAUUUGUGUAGGUAUAAGCAUUGCACAGUUUGUAUAUGGUGCAGGAUGGCUACACUCAUUGCUGUCGUCUUUGCUGACGUACGCAAUGGUCUAUGUGCUACCUCCUGAGCGUGCCCCGGUCAUGGUAUUUCUUGCUAAUAUGACGUACGUAGCUGCGCUGCAUAUUCACCGCAUGAGAGUCAAUUACAUGGGAUGGAGUAUGGAUGCAACGGCCAGUCAAAUGCUGUUACUGAUCAAGUUGACAAGCUUUGCUUUCAACUACCACGACGGUACUGUCGCUAGUGCUACUACAGUGAAAGAGGGAGACUCACAACACAUGAAACGAGUGAAACAGUCACGAAAACAGUUUGCUAUUCCUCAGAUUCCAUCACUAUUGGAAUUCUUAGGAUUCGUCUACUGUUUCACCACAUUCCUGGCAGGUCCGGCUUGUGAAUACAAAGAGUACAGUGAUGCAAUUCAUCAGACUCGGUUUAUUGAUAAGAAAGGUAUCCGACGGAAUGUGUCUCCUACCCGAGCUGCAAUGUCCAAGUUGGUGCUAGGACUUGGUCUAAUGGGAUUACUCGUGCAAUUUGGAGCUCUUGCGGACUUGAAGGAGAUUCUGAGUGAUGAGAACCAGUCCAUGUUGAUAAAGUGGGGUCGGCUUUUCAUCGCGCUGUUCCUUACCCGAGCUAAGUACUACGUGGCUUGGAAACUAGCAGAAGGAGCCACAGUGCUCGCAGGUACUGGAUGUGAAGGGUUUGACGAGCAGAACAACCCUAAAGGAUGGGACGGAGUCAGCAAUGUCGACAUCUUGGGUUUCGAGCUCGGUGCCAAUGUUCGAGAGAUAUCGCGAGCUUGGAACAAGGGCACGCAGAAUUGGCUUGAGCGCUAUGUGUACACCCGUACAGGUAACUCCUUACUCGCCACGUAUUCCGUCUCAGCUCUAUGGCACGGCUUUUACCCGGGUUACUACCUGUUCUUCCUCACCGUGCCAUUGGCGACGUCUGUGAACCGCUUAGCUCGACGUCACGUUCGUCCGUACGUUGUAAACAGUGCAAUUAAGCCACUUUACGACCUUGUCGGUAUGAUCUGUACAGCAAUGGUUGUCAACUAUUUGGCUGUAUCGUUCGUGGUGCUAUCGUGGGAAGAGGCUGUUGCAGGUUAUCGUUCCAUGCGUUUUUGUGGUCACGUUGGCCUCGUACUCUGCUACCUCCUGCUGACAUUCGUGCCUAUCAAGAAGUCCACAGACAGCAAGAAAAUCUUAUAA